AGUUUAUUAACCUAAAAUAAUUAUAAACGCUCUUUUUAAUUAAUGAAUUAUAAAUAAACGUUAAAAAAAAUUUUAUUAUAAUAAUAAUUUAAAAAUGGCACAAGUUUUUGGACCCAUGGAUACUGAUUCCUAUAAUGAACCAGAUGACGUAAAUACAGACUUGGAUACUUUGAUAGAAAAACGUAAUUUAUUAGGAAAUUCAAAUUUGCAACCUAGAUAUGAAAAUAAAGCGGCGGGUACAUUUAUGACAGGAAUUGAUAUAUUUAGUAAAGAGGAGCAACAGAAGCUUGGAGAACGUGCUAAACGUUUUGGUAUAAAAGAAAAUCCUAAACAAAUAGAUGUUGAGGAUGAGGGAGAAUUGUACGAGAGUAUGGGAGUCGGUGAGAGUGAAAGUGCCAAGUACACGAGAUUUAAUGCUUUGCAUAUGAGAGGAACUGAUGAAAUGAGCACGCAAGAUGUAUUUGAUUAUUUUAAAGACUACGCGCCGGCUUCAAUUGAGUGGAUUAAUGACGUGUCUUGCAAUGUCGUCUGGUUGGAUAAAGUAUCCGCUGCCAGAGCUCUGAUAGGUUUGUCUAAGAAAAUUGUUGGAUCUAAAGAAACGCAGCUCAAGGAUGAGCAAGAUGACGCGAUGGAAGGACUGGCUGAUAAAACUACAAACUCGAUUGAUGUCAAAGCCAUUGAUUUUCCUCUGCCACCCGGAGUCUGGCGCAAAGGUGUCGAGUGUCCAAAGUCCAAGACUAUUUUGUUGAGAUUCGCUACUUCUUCGGAUAAAAAGCAAGCCAAUGCUGAAAAACUCAGUGAGUAUUAUAAGAAACACGGAAAUCCAAAUUAUGGAGGCAUAAAGGGAAUUUUGACGCAGUCGCGUAAGCGGAAGUACAAAGAUGAUAAGACCAGCAAGUGGCAGGAUGAUGAAUUGGGGAGCAAAGAGGGAUUUAAAAAUCCCUGGGGUACUUUGUCUGAAGAAUGGGGGGUCCAGGAUCCUGUGGAAGUUUAUCAGAUUCGUCCAGUUGGUGUUGCUCCAGAACGCACAGGAAUAAAAGAGCGCCUGGGAUUCAAACCCAAGGAAGUGGUAAAAACGAAGGUUGAGGAAAAAUCGACGAGUGGGAGCGAGAGUGACAGUGACGAUGGCUGGAAUAAAAGAAAUAAAGUUAUGAGAAUGAGGAUGCAUGCUGAUGAUGAGGAGGAAAAGGUCCAGAAAAAAAGGUUGAAGCAGAUGGCUCAGAAAAUGCAAGAGAAAAUAUCUGGGACUGACUUGAGAUCGCGGUUAGGACGCAGUAAACCUACAGUUUAUCACGAACCCAUUCGAGUUACAGUCACUAAUCCUGAGUACAGUAAAAAUUUACAUUUAGAGGAAUCAGAAGAGGAGGAAGUUGAGGAAGUCGAGGAGGAGGUAGAAGAAGUCGAAGAGGUUGAUGAAGAUGAGGCUGAAGUUAGUCAAGUUGAAGAUAAAGAGGAAGGAGAGUGGGAAGAUGAAGAAACGGCACAAGAACCUGAAGAAUCUGACAGUGAUAGCAGCUCCGAUCUUUCGGAAAAAGAAGUUCAAGGUCCCAAAGGAAGUGUUAUAAAAGUUAUCACACGUCCGAAGCCUACUGUUGCUUCUACUGUUUGGGCGAGACUAAAUCAAAAUGAAAAACGUACCGAGAGGACGGAAGUGAAAAAUGUCAAAGGCGACUUGAGAUCUAGACUCGGUUAUCACAACAGAGGCCGAUCUCCACUGAGAAUAGAAGUUAAGAACGACAAGUACGGGCAAGACAGCGACUCUGAAUGAUGACAACGAUAUCACUGACAUAUAUAUAGAUAACUUUAAUUAAUAGUUUUAAGUUAAAUGACCAGGCAAAUAAUUUUUCUACAAUAAAGUUGCCUAAUUCUUUUUUGAUUCGAUUUAUUUUAAAUUAUAAUUAUAAUAAUAAUAGUAAUAAUACUAAUAAUAAAAUAGCAAUAAAUUGAUAUUGAGGAGGUUGGGAAACAAUGAAACUUUAAUUACCGGCCAAUAAAGCCUUUUUUUAUUAGGACAAUAAUACUUUUAAGUCAUUAUCUUUUUAUCUUCAAUACAUUAAUAAUUAUUUUUUUUUUUUAAAUACAUACACAUUUACAUUUAUUAACGAACACUUGACAAAAAAGAUAAUUUAUUUAUUUAUAUUUAUAUUUAUUAGUAAUUUGUUUUUUAAAACUUGGGCAUCUGAAAUUUGUGCCUUUUAACGUGUACGAUUUUUUAAAUUUAAUUUUAUAUUUUUAGCUACAUUCAUAGAUUGUUACAAAUAUUUUAAUUCAAACGUAGCAUAUAAAUUUGAUAAUUAGUACUAAACGAAAUCCUAGUAAAAACAUGAUAAUCAUUAUAAUUACACGGAAAAAUUACAGUUUCAAUUAUCAGAAAAAUCCCUCUACUUCGAAACUAUAAAAAUUACAUUAUUCCUGAGACACAGUAAUUAUUACAGUUUCAUAUGAGACUUUUCCAGUCCUCAAUAAAGUUUCAUUCAACUAAAAAUAUAUUAGAAACUGUAAGAUUUAGUAUAUAUAGGGUAGAAGUAUUUGUGGCCAUUUAAUACUUAAUUUUAAUUCAUGAAAAAAUAUAAAAGAAAAAUUCCAUUCUAAUACAGUAAAAAAAAUGUCUUUGAACGAAUUAAAAAAAUUAAUGUCAUUGCGUAUUUUAAAAAUUGUUUUAUUUAAAUUUCUAAAUGGCCUCGAUUAUUACACCCGUGUAAAAAAAAUUAGUUCCAAAAAGAUUCCAAAAAAGUUCUGCAUGUGGAACUUCUAAACAUGAGACAGAUUAGAACUUCAAAUGGAACUUUUUUGGAACGUUAGUAAUUUUGAUGGUAAAAGAAAAGUUUUUAUGAGCAAAUUUAGAGUAAAAAAAGACGUUCUUGGAACUUUUUUUGAAUUUUUUAUCGACAUUUUUUUAGUUCUAUAAAAAAUUCAAAAGUAGUGAUUUUUGAACAAUUUUAGCACGUUUCUAGAAAGUCUUUAGUCUACCAAAGAUGAAAAAGAAGUGAUUUUGAAAUGUUUUGGGAUGCCUUUAUUUAGUCCAUAAAAAAGUCAAAAGUGGUGAUUAUGGAACUUUUUUGAAAUGUCCAUAUAAAAUUUCAAAAAAUUUCCAAGAACGUCCUUUUUUGACUAUAAAUUUGCUCAUAAAAACUUUUUUUUUUACCAUCAAAAUUACUAACGUUCCAAAAAAAAUCUAUUCGAAGUUCUAAUCUGUCUCAUGUUUAGAAGUUCCACAUGCAGAACUUUUUUGGAAUCUUUUUGGAACGAAUUUUUUUUACACGGGCAGUGGUAACUAUAAUACUUUUUUUAUACGAGGGCCCUGUUUUCGCACUAAAAACUGUAAUUUUUCCACUGCUUUUCUUUCCGUGUAUUAAAAUUGUGCUAAACAAUCAACUGAUUUUGAUAUUCUGUCUGCUGUAGUAAUUAAAUAAAAUUUUAAUGAUCUCUCUCUCACGCACACAAGCUUCGCUACAAAAAUCUACUUAGUCUUGAUCAAAAAUGGAGAUUUAAAUUUUUAUUAAAUAUAUAUUUAUAUGAUUGAAUAUUGACAUGGGAUAUUAAAUAAUAAUUAUAAACAUUUGUUAUUACAAUUAAUUAAAGGUACUCAAGUUAAAUUUGAUCAUUGACUUGCUACUUUCGUUUCUUUUUUACACUAAUAAAGCUUACAAUAAGCGUUAUUAUUAUUUUUAUUUUUAUUAACUCUCACAUUUUAAAACUAUUUUACUCACAUGUUCGUUUUUUUUUUAUUUUACUGACAACAAUUUUUAAAUAUCUGAACUUUAGUGGUUUUUUUUUUAAAUUUAUUUUUAUUUAUCAAUAAUCAAUACUAUCCAUUUAUUUAUUUAUUUUAAAAAGAAAAGUUCCGAGUAAUAAAAGAUUACGAAGGCAGCACGUUGGUUUAGUCUUAACGAGAUGUUAUAAUUAUUGUUUUUAAAUAACUUUUAUAAUUUUAUUUAUCAAUAAAAACCUUUUAAAAUUCUAUGAAUGCAGCUGGAUUAAUAAAAUAAUUAUUAACAAUUAUUUUAUUUAUUCAAUGGAAGAUUAUUCGGAGUAUUAUCCGUUUACGAUAAAACAUUACUUUUUAUUUUAAAUUUUAAAUCCGUAAGAGAAAAAUCUCGAUAUGAUUUUGCAACAACAAAUACACAACAUUGUGUUUUUUUUUUAAGUAUAUUAGGCCAGAUAUAUCGAUACAAUUUAAUAAUUAUCGCUCUUAAAUAAUAAAAUUAUUAUUAUUUUAUUAACGGUUCGCUUUGAGCGAAUAAUUAUCGCACGAGUAACUCGAUAAACGCGAGAAUAAUCACCGUCAUCUUUAGUAUUUAUAAAUAUAUAUAUAUAUAUACAUAUAUAUAUUUAAUAAAUAACCUUGCGAGCGAUUAUUAAUUUAAAAAAAUUUUUUUUUAAAAUAUACGGAAACUCUCAAGUUUUACUGGAAGAACACGAAUAAUUUAAAUAAACAAACUGCAAAAUAAUAAAUCUCUUGAUAGCCGACGCAAAAUUUCAUUUUUCUUCGUUUAUAUAUAUAUAAUAAUAAUAAUAAUGAUAAUAAUAAUAAUAUAAUAUUUAUAAUUUACAUUAACAAGAUAAAUUUACAAUAGCUUGCGCGAUUAUUUGUAAAUAUGGAAUUGAAUAAUGGAAAUAGCUAAAAACUGCUCUAUAUCGUUUUCUCUCACACAAUUAUUUAUCUCAAACGAUUAUUAUUAUUAAUAAUAAAUCUCUUGUUACACACGCAUUCACACAUCCGAUGAUAUCGAGGCAUCUCUUUGGAUAAAACUUGACGCUUGAGUCAGCAGUUACAUUUAAAAUUUUUAAAAUAUACAUAUAUCUAUAUAUAUAUUUAUUUAUUUAUUAUUUAAUCAAUAAAAUAAAUAAAAUAGUCCUUGGAUCAUCGAAAAUGCAAAUAAAUGUCCCAGCGACAAGAGUAAAUUGUUGAUAAAUGCCAACACUUUAAUUAAAUUCAUAAUUUUUUUUUUUU